AUGACUUCAACGCUCUCCACAUUCGCGUCUCUCACGGCGCUGCUCUGCCUCCAAGCUCCUCUGUCUCUGGCAAGCAACAGCCACCAUGUCCGCCAUCACAACCACCACGCCAGGGCAUCAAGCAUCUGCGCGACCAGCGCCGUGAAUGUCGUCGAUAACUCGACCACGUUCUGGCCGUUCCAGACCUUCCAGUCGUUCGGCAGCACGCCGCCACAGCUGAACAUCACCACCAACGGCAAGGAGCUUGGCGAUGGGCUGCUCUUCUUCAGCCCCGGCAGCGAGAGCGGCCAGGGUAAACCUAAGGAAGUGAACAACUUCAUCAUGACCAGCGCCGGCGAGCUGGUCUGGGCGAACCCGAACCCCCGCGGCGCCACGGAUAUCAAGGUGCAGACACUCGACGGCGAGCCAGUCUUCACAUACUACACGCCCGUCGGGCCGCAAAGCUUCGCUGGCAUUGGCUGGGGCGAGGUGCAUGUCGUCGACAAAACCUACACGGAAAUCUACACCAUCUGCCCCCAACUAAACCUGACCAAGGGCGAUGGAGUAACGUCCAUCUGCGACUCGGAUCUACACGAGCACUACAUCACUCCCGAGAACACUAUGUAUGUUACGGCAUUCAACCUGACGCAGUGGGAUCUGACGUCUGUGGGCGGAACGGCGAAUGACUGGGUCAUUGAUGCGCUCGCGGUCGAGGUUGACAUUAAAUCCGGCAAUAUUCUGUCUGUCUGGAGCGCCCUCGAUCAUAUCCCUACCAACCAGUCCCAUGCGGGAGUCCCGAAGACUGGGGUCCCGAAGAGCGGCGCUAUUGAUCUCUACCACAUGAACUCGAUCCAGUCGUACGGCGAUUAUAUGCUGAUCAACUGCCGCCAUACCUGGUCCACAUACCUGGUCAACCGCAAGACGGGCGAGAUCGAAUGGACCAUCGACGGACAGACUGGCGGAGAUUUCGGAUCUCUCCCAGCAAACGGCACAUUCAAAUGGCAACAUCACGCUCGUAUCACCAAUGUCUCGGCGACAGAGGCAAUCCUGACAUACUUCAACAACGACAACAACCAACCAGGCAAAGUGGCCGUUUCGACCGGUCUCGCGCUGCAAUUGACUCUACCACCCAACCCCAAAACCCCUCCCAAGCUGCUUGCCAGUCUCCACGAUGCCUCUGACCCCCUCAACGCGUGGGCUGAAGGCUCGACAAUGCAGCUCAGCAACGGGAACUGGUUUAUGGGCUACGGUUCCUCGGCGAUCAUGAAGGAGUACGGCCCCGACGCCGCGACCGGCCAAGAUGUGCGCUGGAGCGCACAAUUCGACAGCAUCGGCGGCGGUGACAGCUACCGGGCCUUCAAGCAAGUCUGGCACGGGCUGCCCACGAUUCCUCCCAGUUUUGUGGUUGCGCAGGGCGAGGUGCCGGCUGGAUUGUCCGGAUGCACAAACGCGACGAACGCGACGCUCGGGUAUGUGAGCUGGAACGGCGCAACGGACGUGAGCUCGUACUCGCUGUAUGGAGGAGCGUCGGAGGAUGAUAUGCAGUUCCUUGGCGCGAUCAGGAAGAUGGGCUUCGAGACUGUUUUCCCUAUUACUCAAGACGUUUCUUACGUGAUGGUUAGUGGAUCCGAUCCAACGCUGAAUGUUGAGCGGAACUCGACUGUUGUGAAGAUCUAA